AAUCAGACACCUCGAUCUUUUGCCAGGCAUAUGCUCCUCGUCUCCCGCCGACUCCCCCUCCCCCUCCUCCAUCCCGGAAGACAGCGAGCAUACAUCGCACGUGCUCCUACAAAAAAGCUCUUCGUUCAGCCGUCGUACAUAACUCUCCCGUCGCGAUCCGCAGUGAAGAUGAUGACAGACACGGACGGAGGCAAGCCCACACGCGCGGCGUCACCGGGCUCCGACUCGUCGCCGUCCUCGCGUCCAGCAGCGAAGAAGCCGCGACUCAACUCGCCCGAGACGCCACACGCAACGCCGGGCACCGCCUCCCCCAGCCUCAGAGCGAGCGACGCGACGCAGCCGAAACGCGGGCCGAAGAAAACGGGGCCGUCGAGGACGCAGAAGCGCAAGGCGCAGCACGGGGCGCUGCCCGAGUUCUGUUCGCACGACGACGUGCUGUGGCGCGAGAUCAAGGAGGUGCUUGGGGCGGAGUACGUCGAUGGGUGCGUCGAAGCGGGCACGGGGCGCGACUCGCCGCUGGCGUACCACGCGGAGGUGGAGGUGGAGGUGAAGGCGAUCUCGUCUACAGGUAGCGCGGUGGGGGUCGUGCCUGGGUCCGCUGUCCCAUGGGCAGUGAUCGUUCCGUUCUCUUUGCCGGGCGAGAUUGUGCGCGCCAAGAUCUACCGCAACGCGAGGAUGCAUUCGUUCGGUGACUUCAAGGAGGUGGUCAAGCCGAACCUGGAGUGGAGGGACAAUAGUCGCGUGCAGUGCCAAUACUUUGCCAAGUGCGGUGGGUGUCAGUAUCAGAUGCUGUCGUACGAAAAGCAGCUUGAACUGAAGCGCGAUGUGGUGGUCAAGGCGUACCAGAAUUUCUCCGGUCUCGAGCAGUCGACCCUACCGACCAUCGGAACGACAAUGCCAUCACCCGAACAAUACAACUAUCGCACUAAACUGACUCCUCAUUUUGAGGCUCCGAACUCGAAGCAGAGGAAAGAGCAGAACAAUCGUCAAAGCGAUACUGAACGGCCAGAUUGGUUCAGGAUCGGAUUCAACGAGAGCGGAUCCCAGAGGGUGAUUGACAUUGAGGACUGCCCGAUUGCAACUUCGGUCAUCCGUGAAACAUUGCCUGCGGUACGGGAAAACGCUAUCAAAAAACUCUUCACCUACAAAAAGGGUGUUUCCCUCAUCCUGCGGGACUCGCUACCCUUGUCCACCGAUAAGGACGUGGACCCCGAAACCCACAUCUGCGUGACGGAUCACAAAGGGACCGUGCGUGAAAAAGUGGGACCGUGCAUAUUCGAGUACCCCAACGGUUCCUUCUUCCAAAACAACAACGGCGUGCUACCUUCCCUCACUGAUUACGUUCAGACCCAGAUUUUCUCUGAUGCCGGUAAACGUCCGACGCAUCUGAUCGAUGCCUAUUGUGGCUCAGGCCUCUUCGCGAUCACCCUUUCCCCCCACUUUGAGCGAGUGGCGGGCAUCGAACUCUCCACGGAGUCGAUCCGCGCCGCGACGCGAAAUGCGCAACUAAACUCGCUCCCGUCGUCCAAGAUCUCCUUCCGCGCGGGGGACGCCGGCGACAUCUUUCAGGUGAUCGGCGAUUUCCCUCCAGAGGACAGCGUGCUGCUGAUCGACCCGCCGCGCAAGGGCACGGACGAGUCGUUCAUCAAGCAGAUGCUGAUGCUGCGCCCGCGGACGGUGGUGUACGUGAGCUGCAAUGUACACACGCAGGCCCGCGAUAUCGGGAUGAUGCUGCGCGGGUCCGAGGCGGAUGGGAAGAGGCGAUAUGUUCUGGAGAGCUUGCGUGGGUUUGAUUUGUUCCCGCAGACGGCGCAUGUGGAGAGUGUCGCUGUGUUGAGACUAGCCCCAGCUGAGGAGUAGGUGUAGCAGUCGAUUCGAUUGUUUAGCCUGGCAUAUUCGAUCACACGCCGAUGGACUGGUGAAAGGGCACUUAGUAACGAGUCAGGAGGGGUGUGGAGCCAACGUCAGUCAGUCAUUCGAUCUCUCCUAGAAUGUUGUCAGGGAGACUGUAGUUUCAUCUGGCAGGCAUUCAAAUUGCGGAAUGCAGUGGUUGAUGCAGUCCUGUUGGACAUCAGGACUGCAGAGCCACGAGUAGCAGAUUCCGCGGGCGGGGUUCCUUCCACACGUCGUGCGCCGGAGCUCAGGCAUGAGACGAUGAAUGGAAAACGUGUCACGAUGAAACUUGGUGACAAUACGUGGUCCCCUGAAGCGUUGACCCGCGGAUGAAUUCCAAAUUCGGUUCCACUGGAUUAAAAACUCACUCUUUUUCGCUUUCUCUGUCCCCGCUCCUCCACCCCCCGAAAGUUCCUCUCUUUCCGUCCACAUGGCCUCCUUCGCCCAGUUCGUCUCCAUCACCGCCAACUCGGGUAUCCCAGUCAGCGUCCGGUACACCAUCUCGACCCCGACUGCCACGACCUCGAAAAGGAUCGAUCCGAGCCUACCCACGGUCUUGUUCCUCCACCCUCUCUUCCUCGGGCAGACCUGUUUUCACUGUGAGUUGUGAGGGUCAAUUGCAGAGAGUUGAUGGAGUAUUGAACUGCGCCAGAUCAAUUCGCCGACUGGAGACUGCGGAGGUUCAAUCUCGUCGCGCUGGAUCUGCGGGGACACGGGGAUACAGCUGGGGUGGUGGAUGAGGACUACGAUCUGUAUGAUGCGGUUGAGGAUGUGGUCAAGGUCAUGGUACGGCUUUCAUUUUUUGACCGGUUGAAACUGGAAACCAACUCGACGGAUGGCUAUUCAGAAAGCGUUAAGACUCCCUGCUUCCCAUCUCGUCGGCGUGAAUUUGGGGGCGUCGAUUGGGCUCGAACUCGCGGCGACGCAUCCACGGCUUGCUCUGUCGCUGACGUGUAUAUCUCCUCCCGCAUGGCGACUCAAGAAAGACGAUUUGGUCGUUCAAGAGAUAGAAGACAUCUACGAAUGCUUGGAAGUCGGCUUGUCAAAACGCUGUAACCGGUCAGCUCUGCAGCGCGCAGCUUGCGGCAUGCUACAACUGGGGGUAAACGAUCUCGAAUCUCCGUUGCUGGACACAUUAGUGAACUUGAGCAUAACGACGGCUGCGAACUCUUGGGCGGGGAGAGCCAAAGAGCUCUCCCGCGCUACUGUGCGUUUGUUCGCCAGUGGACGUCCGCGUCCUCGGUCGAUGCUCCGAGGGAUCAGGUGCCCGGUAUCCCUCGUGCGCAGUGGAGCAGAUGUAGGAUAUGUUCAAGAAUCUGUGGACGAGAUAUACGAGACGCUGCAAUCUCAGGGCACGCUGGUCAGGACGUAUGAUUUGCCUGAUGCGCCUCAGUGGGCGCAUCUCAGCCACCAUCUCGAAGUCAAUCAACUGAUACAUGAUAUCGUCGUCGAAUUCGCCGCCGGGAGGGUACCCGUCGGGAGCCUCUUGCAAAGCAAGCCGUUUCCGGUGGAAUCUCCUUUUGAAGACGUGUUGUGUGGGGAUCCAGGUUCGGAUUCGGACGACGAGGAUUGCUCGGAGUGAGAUGAAAAGCUUCAAUGGUGAGCUGCGUGUAUGAGUGGUGGAAGCCCAGACCAUACUUUAAUCCAGCGUCUCAUAAUCCUUACCCUAUCGCAAACUAAUAUUCAAAUACCACCGGAUGGAUGACACCGACCCUGUCGUGAGAGACAGCUCGAUUUUUCUGAUGUGCUGAUGCUCCCAAUCGAGGCCAGUGCCUGGCCAACGUUCCAAAUAUUCGUAUUUCGGCCCUGGGCGUUAGAUCCACGAGCAGAUGAUUGUUUCCAUGAUAAUUU